AAGAGAGGCAGCUUUGUCAUUUUACCGGGUCCGUUUCCCCUGCUGGCUCAGGACAGUUGCGGGAGGCAUGAAGCCCGGAAUUCUCUAUUUCAACCCCGAGCACGACUUCCUUCGAAUCACCCCGGAAUGGUCGGUGAAGAAUACACUAUUCAACUUUUUGCACCUCUUAAAGACGACUUACGAUCCCCGGCACAUCGGCCUCCGCAAUCUGGUCGUCUCGGGGAAUGACCUACGAGCAAACGAUUUGGAACUAAUAGAACCUUCCGAUCCGGAUCUUGACAGAGGCCCCAAGGAAUCUUUUAAAGGUCUUCUUGAGAAUCUCGAUGAGGUCUUCUUCUUCUCGACCACCCAUGCUGGCCGCCAGAUCUUGGGCACCCAUAACGGCGUGCCAACGUCUGAAAUUGUCUAUAACCGCUCUUUCCCGAUACAAGUCAACCUACCGACUUUUGAUCGUUUGCCUCGCGAUCCGCGUCAUAUUGGCGAAGACUUGAAACAGGUAUACAUUGGGAUGAAUGACCAUCGAGACACAAUUCGCCUGUGGCACCGUAGACUCGACCAAUUUGGUAUUACCGCUCCUGGCAUCAAGUAUAAAUGGUACAUAGCUUUUGAGCCACGGGAGGAUGAACGAAUAUCAGACGUCGAGACCGCAAGGAAAUUUCUACAGCAGGAAGACGACUUAUGGAAUGGGGUUAAGCACUCUGAGCACCCUCCGUUCGUUCAGAUGUCAGACUACAAGUUCCCGGUAGGCGCGCAAUCCGAACGAUACAAGAAUGAGGACCUAGAAACGGCUGUAAAGCCUGCGUUUGGGUUUUGGCUGUUUCCCAUUGAUGUGCUGGGCUCUCUGGAAGAGACAGGCGGUCCAGAUACACCGUUGUGGGACUUCUCGAAGAACUGUCCAGAACUUGGAGUAGUAAGCUUGCCUGAGAGGGCUCAGACCGGUUGAUGCAAUGGAAGCAGUAAGAGGCUGAGACUGAGUAGUGGUAGCAUUACGAGUGACAUCGUUAUUGUUGACUCUUCUAAAAGCAGAAAGAAGGAGUCUGUGCAUACGACACAAAAUUCAUUAGACAGCGGUUGCUACGAAGAGAAACUAAACGAGGACCUUCGAAACAGAGCAGUAGCAAAUUCAUUGUCAGUCGU